GUAUAAUGUCACAAGAGUGUACUCCUUUCUAUAGAAAAUCUGGAUAACAGAAUACUCUAUAUAUUCGAGAGUCCGGACCAACACCACCUGCAAGCAUGGCACUUAAUGCGAACAAGUGCAGGGCGAGGCCACCUUCCUCGCUUUCCCCGGCAAGUUUUCUGCAGCUCCUCGAUGUUGACGAUGACAUAAAUUCUGCCCUCUUAUCACACCAUUUUUUAAUCCUGUGCUGACAUCCAGUAGUAAUGCAAUUGCAUCACGCAUGGACCUCUAGUUAUAUUUAGAGAGCCGCAGAAGCCAAGAACACGAAAACAAGCGCAGAACUUCAGAAGCAUUUGAAGAGAUUGUGCAGGGAGAUCGAGAUGAAGCGUCCCUCUGUGCUCGUCUUGCUAAUAUUUGCAUUUGUUGGAGGGAAUCUGUUCGUGGGUAUCUCCUCUAACGCAAGAAGCGCCCAAAACUCUGCAGAUCCAGGCUAUGAAGUCAUUGAGCUAAACGGCAGGAGACUUAAGGAACGAUACACUUCUACUAUCCGAAAGACAAGGGGCCUGGAAAAUAUUAGGACAGACGACUACCAACCAGUCGAUCCAAGCCCAAGCACCAAAGCAACUAUCCGGGCAGGUCCGAUUGAGCAUGGCACUCCGAUUCUUCCUUAUGUACCGCGAUACCCGCCGCCGCCGCCGCCUCCGAUGCAGGAUACGCUUCCUGCUGAAUCCCCUUUUUCUCCUCUCACUUAGGUGCACACUGAAAUAUUCCAAAUAUGCUACCAGAACUUGUGUAACGCCUAUGUGGACACAGUCUGUUGUGUUAUGCUGUUACUGAGGUUAACCAGUGUACCAUAUGUCUCAAAUGUUGGUGUGUUAUCUAAGAUCAUUUUCAACUA